CAAAGGACCAGAAGGUAGGAGGAAGAAACCCCUGCCCUGUCCUUCUGGAAGAGCCAGGAAGGAAGCCAGGAAAUCACCUUUGGAAGAUGGUGGCCGUGAAGAUCUUCGGUCUCCUGCUGGGGUCCCUGCUCCUGGCAGUGGUGCUGGGAGAGAAGGCGGAGGGUCACUUCUCCCUCUCCCUGCCCCUCAGAGGCCACUCUAAGGUCAGUGGCUCCCGACCUCGAGGCCCCAGGUAUGCUGAGGGGACCUUCAUCAGUGACUACAGCAUUGCCAUGGACAAGAUCCGCCAACAAGACUUUGUGAACUGGCUGCUGGCGCAGAAGGGGAAGAAGAACGACUGGAAACACAACAUCACCCAGAGGGAGGCCGCCGGGGCCCUGGAGCUGGCCCAUCAAUCUCACAGGAAGGAGGAGGCGAGGGAGCAGCAGGGCUCCCUACCCAAGAAGCCCAGUGAUGAAGAUUUGCUCAAGGAUUUACUGAUUCGAGAGCUGCUGGCCUGGAUGGUGGAUCAGAUGGAAGUCUGCAGGCUCAGAUUUCAGUGACUCAGACCAAACCCAGCUCGGGCCUGGACUCUGC